UUUUUACCAAAAUUAUUUAUUCACAUUGGAUACCACGUAAAGAAAAUGACGAAAAUACCAAUAUAUGUGAUAAACUUGAUGAAUACGUUAUUUCACCUUAUUCCAACGAAGAAUUUCUUAAUUAUUCUGAUGUAAAAGCUUGUUAUGAAUUAACACCAUAUAAUAAAACAAGGGCAAUUCAG